CUGGCGGCGGCGGCGGAGGGCGCGGAGCGGCACCGGCCCGAGAUCCCGAGGAUGAAUGGCUCCGAGCUCGGCAGCGCGGCCUCCAGCCCCCAGAGCCCCGAGCAGGCCGGGGGCAGCGGGCACGAGGAGCAGGACAAGAACCCCUUUGCAGAGUACAUGUGGAUGGAGAACGAGGAGGACUUCAACAGGCAGGUGGAGGAGGAGCUGCAGGAGCAGGAGUUCCUGGAUCGCUGCUUCCAGGAGAUGCUGGAGGAGGAGGAGCAGGAUUGGUUCAUCCCGGCGCGGGAUCUGCCCCAGGGAAUGGCGCAGCUCCAGCAGCAGCUCCACGGGCUCGCCGUGGGCGACGGAUCCGACGACAUCCUGAGCAAAAGCAACUUGAAUCCAGAUGCCAAGGAAUUCGUGCCUGGAGUGAAAUACUGACCCUGGGAAUGGCCAGAGACUGAUCCCUGCUCCAGGGAAAUUUGGGAAAUUUGGGACAUGGGAAGAGCCCGGAGCGGCUCCGGCACCGGGAUCUGCUCCAGCUCCGAGGACUUCUUGGUUUUCCCUGGUUUUAUUUUUGCUUUUUAUCAGCUUUUUCCUCAAUUUUUUUUUUUUUUCUUCUUGGCAGUUUUUGGCUUCCUGGGAUUUGUGGUGAUCCCGCCAGUGGGAAGAUCUCAGGGGAAAAAAAUAAUGGAAAAGUAAUGGGGAAAACCAUGGGGAAACCAUGGGGAAAAUCAUAGGAAAAUGA